AUGUUAAUCUCAUCUCUCUCUCUUUGUCAAAAGAUCUUAGUAGAGCAAACUGAUCAAAUUAAAACUAUAGAUGAUUUAAAAAAACAAAUCCAACCCAACCUUUCACCAAACAUAUCUUUUGAAUUGGUUAUUGAAAGUAAUAAAGUCUUAGUUCCUGGAUAUCAUAGUUUAUCAAUGUUUUUUGGAGAAACAGUUCUUAGAUGUCAAUAUACAAACAAUGCCAUAUCUACUACGAUUGAUAAGAAAAAGUAUUUCUUAACCAAUGGUAAUUUCACUCCAGGCUCCCAAGAAGAUUACUAUCAGAUGGACUCUCUUUUGAUGCUCAAACAAGAAAAUGGUUGUUUAGAUUUACCAUUGAGUGGAUUUAGAACUAUUUUUGGACCUCCAUCUUCAGGAAAGACAACUAGUUUACUAGCUAUUGCAGAUCUUGUAAAGAAUACUUUUACACCAACCUAUAUUAGCCUUCAAGAUCUAGAUAAUCGCAGUUUCCAAUAUUCAGAAUGGUUCUUUAAAGGAUUAGGAGACCUUUUAAAGAAAAAAUAUCCUUCUUUGUUCCAUGCAAUAGAUAUCAUUGACGGUUCAGAUUUUUUAGAGUUUUUUGGGUAUCAUCGUUUGGAGGACUCUCCAUUUCCAACUAAGUUAGUGUUAUUGAUCGAUGAUUUUGAUCGAAUAUACUAUAAAUGCAACAAAGAGACCAUUGAAGGAAUCAACCAAUUUUUUGGUGCUUUGAAGGGUACCAAUCAUUGGAUUCUUCACUCUAUCAUUGUUGCGGGUUCAUAUUCUCUCAUCGAACAAUCCUUAAUGACUCGGUAUCAUGCUCCAUUUUCAUUGUUUGAUUCAACCAAAAUUUCAAGUUUUACUCUUCAAGAUAUUAAAUACCUCUUCCAAAAGUAUCAACACAAUUCCUCAACUUGUGUAGAACCAGAGGUAAUAGAGGAUAUAUACCAUCGUACAGAGGGUCAUCCAGGAUUGGUUAGUUUAUUUGGUCAGGUUAUUGAUAAUUAUUUGAAACCUGGUAUGUCUCUCAGUUAUAGACAAUGGUGUGCCACAUUCUCACCAACAUUGGUUGAUAUAAUGACAAAACAUAAGCCUACUUUUAAUCUGAUACAAACAAUUACAAGUGAGGCAAAAAAUACCAACUAUCAAGUUUUAAUGGAUUCACUUUGGACAAUUAUUUUCAUGGGAUACAUUUUCGAGGGAUCUUUGAUCAUUGACCAACAUUGUCAAUUUAGGGAUAGAUUUCUAGUUUCUAAAGGCUUGGCAAAAAAAACAUCAAUGUAUGACCAAUUAAGCACCAUUUCAAACCCUUCAGUACGUCAUUUGUUGUUGGAAAAUAUUGAAUUAGUCAAUCCAAAUAUUAUCAUUCCAAAAAUACCCUUUCCAUUGCUUGAUGCAUCAGAGGAGAUUAUAGAUAUUCCUCUAUUGGUAAGAAAUCUAGUAUCCAAAGCUCUAGUUACUUUUAAAAAAACCUACCAUCUUUAUUCUACACACCUUCCCUAUCUAUACCAUUCCGAGUUUUAUUCAAUUCUUAAAAGUUGGAAACCAAAUUCUGUAUCCCUAUCAACCAAUAUUGAUGUUCCCAUGCCCAGUGAUGAAACAAAAAGGGGUGAUUUAGUGUUGGGAUAUCUUACCCUAGAAGGACAUAAAAAAACCUGUUGUCUAGAAAUAGUUGCAUAUCAAAAAGACGAAAUAAUUAUUGGUCAUAUAGAAAGAGUAGCCAAACUCUACCAACCCAUCAUUGGUUAUGAUCAAGUUUGGGUGAUCAAUAUCACCGCUCGCCAAAGUACAGCAAAGUCAAUCUCUUCACCUUUCCCAAAUGUUAAACUCAUUCAUGUUAUUCAUGAUCUAGAAACCAAUACUUUUUCAUUCAAAGAACAUAUUUAA